AUGAAGGUUCUCAAAACCCUCGCCUGCGCUACUGCGCUCCUCCCCCUUGCAGCCGCGGACUGGCAAUUCAAGUCUCGCACGGACCUCGCUCCUCCUCGUCUGAACAUCACCAUCCCAGCAACCGUCGACGUGGAAAAGGGCUAUCUGUUCAUAGCUCCCUUCCCCGGCCAGUUCGUUGAUCCAGAGCAUCAUGGCCCACGCCAGGAAGGCCCUUAUAUCUUCCGUGAUGAUGGCGAACUCGUCUGGUCUGGAUAUACAUACUACUCCAUCUGGGCGGCGAACUUCCACAAGGGACAGUGGAAAGGCCAAGAUGUUCUGUAUAGCUUUGAGGGGGAUCAUAACCCAGCUUAUGGUCAUGGUCAUGGUCAUGCCACGAUCUUGAAUAAUCGUUAUGAGACCAUUCGCGAGUUGCGGGCUGGAAAUCAUAAGUUUAUGGAUAAACAUGAGCUGCAAGUUAUUGAUGGGAAGACUGCGUUGAUCCAAGUCUAUCAGCCUAUUCCGACGGACUUGAGCCGUUGGGGUGGGAGUGCAGACCAGCAAUGGAUUGUUGAUGCUAUUUUUCAAGAAUUGGACAUCGAGACCGGUGAGUUACUUUUCGAGUGGUCCAGUCUAGAGCAUGUCAGUCCAGAUGAGGCUGUCCUUCCCUUGAAUCCAGGCCAGGCUGGUGCCGGAUGGAACUCAUCUGAUGCAUGGGACUACUUCCACAUCAACUCCGUCGACAAGGAUGCAGCCGGGGACUACCUUAUCUCUGCUCGCGAUGCCUGUGCCGUUCACAAGAUUAAUGGAGCCACCGGGGAGAUUAUCUGGCGGCUAGGUGGUCUCAAGUCCGACUUUGAACUUGGUCCCAAUGUCGCAUUUUGCUUCCAACAUCAUGCGCGCUUCGUCUCCCGCGAUGGUGACAAAGAGAUAAUCUCACUGUUUGAUAACUCUGCUCAUGGAACUGAAAAUCACCGUGGUCAUGAAGUUCAUACGUACCCCAUCUCGCAGGGAAAGGUAAUCUCCGUCAAUACCGCAACUUGGACCGCGGAAAUUAUUCAGGCAUUUCAGCCUCCCGAUGACCUCCUGGCCAAAUCGCAAGGAAGUACUCAGCUCCUGCCUAAUGGCAACGCACUGGUCAACUGGGGUUCCGAGGGGGCGAUGACCGAAUUCACAUCGGAUAGCGUCCCCAUCUUUCACGCCUACAUGGAUUCGGACCUUCUGGGUGAAGGCGUACAGAACUAUCGCGCUUUCCGGUUCAAUUGGACUGGCCUUCCCACUGAAGAACCCGCCAUUGUGGCACACAAGACAUCUUCUGGCAUGGCCGUGUAUGUCUCCUGGAACGGCGACACCGAGACUGUGGCUUGGCGCUUCUAUGCCGUGACGGACAAUUAUGGAUCGCGGUCGUUUCUGGGUGAAGCUGAGCGCAGUGGAUUCGAGACCUCGCUGCUUUUAUCUGGCCAUAUACAUAUGCAUGUAGCUGCCGAGGCCAUCUCCGGUCGAGGUCACGUCUUGAGAACCACGCAAAUUACUCGUGUUCAGGAUCAAGUUCUUCCCCCUGGUGCCCAUGGUAUCGAGGUUACUGCACUGUCCUCGCCCGACCGAUCGCAUAUGAAGCAAGUGGUGUUCCAAGCUUGA